CUGCGCGGUCGCUGCGGGGUGGGUGGGCUACGGCCUCAGACGGUUCUGAAGCCCUGAGUCACGGUGCCGCCUCCCCGGGGCCGGUGUCCGGGCCGCCGGCUGACCGCCGAGGUCUGAGUAGACUGGUGACCCCGUGUGAACAAAGCUGCCCUCAGGGAUCCAUGUGCAUCAUCUUCUUUAAGUUCGAUCCUCGUCCCGUUUCCAAAAAUGCAUACAGGCUCAUCCUGGCAGCCAACAGGGACGAAUUUUACCACAGACCAUCCAAGUUAGCUGACUUCUGGGGGAACAACAAUGAGGUCCUUAGUGGGCUUGACAUGGAGGAAGGUAAGGAAGGAGGCACGUGGCUGGGUAUCAGCACACGGGGGAAGCUGGCCGCGCUCACCAACUACCUGCAGCCACGGCAAGACCGGGAUGCCCGGGGCCGAGGUGAACUUGUGGCCCACUUUCUGACUACAGACAUGGACAGCUUGUCCUACUUGAAGAAGGUUUCUGCGGAGGGUCACCUGUACAACGGCUUUAACCUUAUAGCAGCUGACCUGAGCACAGAGAAGGGAGAUGUCAUUUGCUACUAUGGAAACCGGGGGGAGCCCGAGCCAGUAGUCCUGGCACCAGGGACCUAUGGACUAAGCAAUGCACUGCUGGAGACGCCCUGGAGGAAGCUGUGCUUUGGGAAGCAGCUCUUCCUAGAAGCUGUGGAGCGAAGCCAGGCACUCCCCAAGGACAUCCUCAUUGCCCAGCUCCUGAAUGUGCUCAACAAUGACGAGGCGCAGCUGCCAGACCCGGCCAUUGAGGACCAGGGCAGGGAGUACGUGCAGCCCUUUCUGAGCAAGUAUGCUGCUGUGUGUGUGCGCUGCCCGGGCUAUGGCACCAGAACCAACACGGUCAUCCUCGUGGACGCAGACGGGCACGUGACCUUCACAGAGCGUAGCAUGCUGGACAAGGACCCCUCCUGCUGGGAGACCAGCACCCACGAGUUCAAGCUGCAGAGCUAACCCCUCUCCCUGGGUGUGGCCAUUGGGCUCCUGGAAGGCCUUGCCUCAAGAACCAGUGUGGAUAGGAACCUUCCAUAGCCACAUGCACUCCUGUGACUUGUCCAGCAUCCCCCAGGACCAGGGCCCUCUAGUGUUUCUGUGACCUGUCUGUGUCCUUGUGUCCAGCUCAGGGUCUGCCCUUACACUGGUGGGAGGGACAGAGUCCCACAGUAGGCCUGGGGCAGGCCCAGGUGUGCUGUGUGUGUGUGAAGGCACCUGGGCCUGCCCCUGUCCAAGCACAGAGGCACACACUCAAGGCACAUGUUUCCAUGCACACCUGUAGGUGCACAGGCACCAUGCACACCUGCAUACACAUGUACAGGCAACAGAUAGGUGCACACAUGUUCAAAUGCACACACGGUUCCGGGCAUACACACAUAUGCAUGCUAGACAGGCAGAGACGUGCCUCUCACACACACAGGUGCUUCUGGCCAGUGGGUCUUUGCCUUGAUCAAGAGAGAAGGAUAUAGACUUUUGGUUAAAAGUGGUUCUCCUUCUCCUGGGCAUAGUCCACUUCUGGACAACUAGACUUGCUCUUGGAGAGGAGAGGCCUCAUUUGGAAUGAGAAAUGAGAACAACCCAAGGAAAACCCACUGUCAUAACAGAAGCAUAGGCUGGUUGGUGGUCCUUUGUGCUCUGGGGGGGUGUCUUAUAUGUGCAUGGAGUGGUCCCAUAGGGGGAGGGGGUGGUCCUGCAUGAUGCACCAGGGGUCCUGUGUAUGCUGGGGCACCUUGGUAGGCUGUCAGGCACCUACCUGCCCAUUGUGGGGUCAUGGGUCUUGGGUAGGCCCUCUCAGCGAGGGGACACAGCCAACCCUUGCUAUUUCCCUUUUUCUUGGGGAGUCAGACUUCGUAGAAAUCUGUACUUGAAUGUGAGACCUUGAUAAUAAAACUCUAAGGCUGUGGUGAGUCA